UGCUGAACUGCCUCUCCUCUCUCUCUCGCUUCCUCUCUCUGUGCCGACAGCUCCCACAGCCAGGAAUCCGCUUACCGCUCGCCCAAAUUAAAACAGGACCUCCGCGAUCCACUUGAUUAUUCCCGACCCUCUUCACUCAGCGAAUUAUUCCAGGAAGCAGAACGGUUUUGCAAAUCCUCGCCUUGCUCAUAUAUAUACAUAUAUAUAUAUUUUCUCUAUCGUUCGCCGGCCACUGGAAGUACCUCUGUUAUUCUUUUUUUGUUACACACGGACGUUCAGUUUCACGCCGGGAAGACAAACCUCGACUUUCGCCGACAUGUGGAUGAGACGUUGCUGCCAGUUUAAGACUCUAUUUGCGGUUUUGGCUCUCGCUGCUGUAAUCGCCCAAAUCCACGGAGAAGGUCCAAAAGAAAUGAACAGCAUCAGUAAGAAGGCGUUGGAUGGAGACAGGGACCUCUUCACUUAUUUACCCACACAGGACACAGAAAGUGAAGUUCACUCAGUCACCACUGUCUCACCGAUGAACAUGCCCAACCACCGGCCUAUCCUCAAGGGUCUGCUGCUUCAUGAACACCUACUCACAAGAGACUUCCAGGGAGACCAGCAUUUUUUCAAGAAGGAUGGCUCUGUGGUUGGAGACCCCACCAUGCCCGGUUUUAUCUCGACUCCAAAUGCGGGCGACACUGUCACUCAAAUCGUGGCCCACAAGGAUGCCCCGGCCUUCUCAGACAUUGCCACUACUGCCACGGAGCCUGCCACCUCUCCACUUACCACAUACUCUCCGACAACACCGGGACCGCCCGUGUCUCUCCCUCUGAAGAAAUCACCCAAGGAGAAGAUGAAGGAUUCAGGCGAUUUAGAGCCAACAACAGAUUCCCUCACUACUCAAGUGACACCAUACAGCAGAGGGCCAGGCAUUCCAGUGGCUAUCUUAUCCUCAAAGGAAAGAUAUUUUCCCAUUGAUGCCACACCUGGACCCUUUUCAACAAUUAUGAAGAAAGACCAGGCCAGAGAGAAAUUGAACCCCGAUCACCUGAUCUCUAAGCUUCCUUCGUCAUUUCAAGAAGAAGAUCCCAGCUCAGCAUCUACGACCAUCAUCACAACUAUCAUCACCACAAUGCAAACAUCAGAGCCAUGCAGCAUGAAUUUUACUGAGUCCGAGGGCAACAUUGAAAUCCAGCAGCACGUUGACCGUGGGGUGGAAUGCACCUACUUGAUUACUGUCUACCUAGGAUAUGGCAUUGAGGUUCAGGUACUAAAUGUGAGCGUGAUGGAGGGAGAGCAGAUAACAGUGGAGGACACAGGUGGUCAAGAACCUUUCAUCCUCGCCAAUGAGUCAGUGCUGAUGAGGGGCCUUGUUCUUCGCAGCUGGAGCAACCAGAUCUCGAUUCGUUUCCGUGGCAAUCAGCGGCUCAAUUCAGGAUUCCUCCUGCUGCAUUACCAAGCUUUUGUGCUCAGCUGUACAUUCCCCAAAGAACCUGUGGGUGGAGAAGUUUCAGUGACCAAUCUCCAUGCUGGUGGGGAGGCCUACUUCAGUUGUUUUACUGGAUACAAGUUGCAAGGUCCCAAAAUGCUCACAUGUCGCAACGCAACUACACCCUACUGGAGUGGAAAAGAACCUCAAUGCGUAGCGUCCUGUGGGGGGAUGAUAAAGAAUGCCACCUAUGGUCGUAUCGUCUCUCCUGGUUUCCCUGGCAACUACAGCAACAAUCUGACCUGCCACUGGGUACUGGAAGCCCCCGAAGGCCACCGGCUUCACAUUCACUUCGAGAAGGUUGCUCUGGCAGAAGAUGAUGACAGGCUGUUGAUAAAAAAUGGGAACAACAUUGACUCUCCUCCUGUAUAUGACUCCUACGAAGUGGAAUACUUGCCAAACGAGGGCGUGCUCAGCACCGGCCGUUACUUGUUUGUGGAGUUCACCACAGAUGGGACGAUGACAUCCACUGGAGCAGCCAUUAGAUACGAAGCCUUUGCAAAAGGGAUGUGCUACGAGCCUUUUGUAAAGUAUGGCAACUUCAGCAGCAGUGACUCCACCUACAGCAUGGGAGCUGUAGUUGAAUUCUCAUGUAAUCCUGGCUACACACUGGAGCAAGGUUCCGUAGUGAUUGAGUGCGUGGAUUCUCAAAACCCACAGUGGAAUGAGACGGAACCCGCCUGCAGGGCUGUGUGCAGCGGAGAGAUCACAGACUCUGCUGGCGUGGUGUUGUCUCCUAAUUGGCCCGAGGCCUACGACAAGGGGCAGGACUGCAUUUGGGGCAUCCAUGUGGAAGAGGACAAAAGGAUCAUGCUUGACAUCCAAGUUCUCAAUCUGGGUAAGAACGACCAACUGACAUUCUACGACGGUGACGACCUGACGGGCAACAUCCUGGGCCAGUACAGCGGCGCACGGCCGCACUUCAAACUCUACACAUCCAUGGCCGAUGUCACUAUUCAGUUCCAGUCCGAUCCUGCCACUAACAUCUACGGCUACAACAACGGCUUUGUAGUUCACUUCUUUGAGGUGCCAAGGAAUGACACUUGUCCUGAACUGCCAGAGAUCCCCAACGGCUGGAAGAGCACAUCCCACCCCGAUCUCAUCCAUGGCACAGUGGUCACCUACCAGUGCUACCCGGGAUAUGCGUUGGUAGGCUCUGAGAUCCUCAUGUGCCAGUGGGAUCUUACUUGGAGUGGCGAUGUGCCAAAAUGUGAUGAAGUCCUGACGUGCCGAGAUCCAGGAAACGUGGAGCAUAGUCGGAAGGUGAUCACAGGCCCCCGCUUCAACGUCGGCUCCACCGUGCAGUUCAUCUGUAACAAAGGCUACGUUCUGUCUGGCUCCAGUCUCCUCACCUGCAACAACCGGGACUCAGCAGUACCCAAGUGGAGCGACAGACUGCCCAAGUGUGUCCCUGAGAAGUACGAGCCUUGCAGAAACCCCGGUGCAGCUUCCACCAGCAUCCAGAGCUCUGAAAAGGCCUUUUAUCAAGCGGGUGAGAUUCUUACGUUCUCCUGCGCUGCGGGCUACGAGCUGCGGGGUGGUGCCACCAUCUAUUGUGUCCCCGGACACCCGUCACAGUGGAACAGCACUCCUCCUGUCUGCAGAGCAUCUUCAGCGCAGUAUGUGAAUCAACGAAAGCUUGAUGUUGUUAGUAUGGAUUACAGCAUGGAGGGGACCAAUAUUACCCUUGCAGUUUUUAUUCCAACUGCAAUCGUCUUGGUGAUUGUUUUGGGGAUUUAUGUCUACUUUGUGAAACUUCAAGGGAAAUCUGUCAGGAUGCCGACAUCAUCUCCACCGUAUGACAACAUGACGGAAGAGUCGGCUUUCGACAACCCUAUUUAUGAAAGUGGACAUUGGCAGACCCGUUGUAGAUACUAAACCCUGUCAGUAUUUCCACUCUGGCAUUACUGCACAACUACAAGGACAAAAUGAGAAACUUUUAGAGGUGUCCAUUUAAAGCAGGAACUGCUCAAGCUUUGGCUUUUGGGACCCUCUCUGCACUCCUCAUGGUUAUUUGCCGACACUUUAUUUGAAUCAAUAUCUACUUUCACCUUCUGCUAUGUUUGUAUUAAUGUAAAUAAGUCUCUCUUUCCUGCACAGUCGAAUCUGUGAUCCUGUUUAACGCCAUGGUGAUAUUUUUAUAAAGUAAGUCGUUGAUGACCAUUGGUGAUUGUAUGUUUUUAAGUACUUUUCGAUGGCCUCAGCGAGUUACAUUUAAAGAGGAGGGAAAUGGUUAGAUUUUUGUUUUGUUUUGGGGGGUUUUUUUACGAUCCCCCGACAUUCCACAGUUUUUGUAAAUUUUAUCAUGACUUUUUUUUUUUUUUUCGUCUUUUUUCUGUGUGUGUAUGGGACUGCUAUUUGUAAAUAAACUGCCUGUCCAAUAUGAGUGCCUCACGACUGACUAUAACCUGAGAGAUCACACAUGAAAACAUUUGUAUGACUUGAAUUUAGAUUUAACUAUCAUUUGUUAUUGUUUCGGCUUAACGUAGCACUCCACCUUACCUUCAUAUAAUCUCUCUUCAAAGUAUUUAUGGAAGAAUUUUCCACCAGCCGAUGUGUGGUUUCCAGCAACAUAUAGCCUCAGAUACGUUUCUCAUCCGUCAUGAAUGCCAGUGUUCUUACUGUACGCCACAUCUUAAAAUCUGCCUCAAAGAAUCAGCAGCAUCGACUGGUCGCAGCUCCUGGCUGUGUAAACUCCCUCGUUUUAAAACACAGAAACAUAAUAAUUCAAUGAUGUUACAAAAAUGAUUUGCAUAGCGCAGUCUGUAAAAUAACAAAAUAUAUAUAUAUAUUUAAAACUGACGAGUGGCGAUGAAGCUGUUUUGCAUCUGCUUGUGUUGAAUUUGAAGAUGGACGUAUUUAUCUCAUCUGUGUGUUUGCUUUUCGCUGUAAAAGCUGUUUUCUUUCAGCCUCACAGCCGCUGCAGCCACACCCAGGAAACCACAUCACCUUAAGUGUAUAUAUGAUUCCCUGAAUAAUAAUAAAAUUAACAAUUGUUUUAAUCUC